AUGUCAGGAGCCGUCUUUUCCUGUGGCGAUUCCACUUUCGGCCGUCUCGGCUUGGCUCUACCACCACCCAAAAAGGGCGCUUCUCUGAUUACUACAACUACAGAUGAACAGCUUGAAGCCAAGACUAAGGAUCCAUUUAUUGGGUUGUCUUCAUCGGACCCAGCCAGUUCUCUUAGACACUCCCCAAUAGGUUUAGACUCUACAACACUCGAGGAUUCUUACAAAUCCGCAGCAGAAUCGAUUCCUCAAUCUCUUCUACCAUCCAAAGUCUCCCAUCCAUGUCGUAUUAUUGGUCUUGCAGGUGUGCGUGUUGUUAAAGUUGCGGCUCAUCCGGGUUCUAAGCAUGCUCUCGCAUUAACCGAUGAAGGUUAG